GUCUUCUUUAAACGUUUCAUCAUCUAUCCAGAAAACUAGAUUCCACUAGAUAUCAUAGUCUCCCCGUUUCGUCUAUUGAGGGUCUCCAGAUUAUUUCGCGCUCUAAUCACAUUAUGAUCUCGGCUCUCUUCAAUGUACCUAUCUAGUUAUAAACUAUACGGAGGCUCAGAGCAUGGCAGUCGAAAUCGACUCGCGGUAGCGCGUGCUACCUAGUCGAUUAUUGUUUUAAAAAUACUUUUUCUUUUUUUAAAUUAAAUUUAUAUAAUGGGGUCUUUGAUGGUGUUCGGUUUGCUGUUGGUAACCGUGUCGUGUAAUGAAUUGAAGCCAGAGCUUCCUCUAGAAGCGGCUGUGGAGGUCGACAACAAGGUGGACGUAGUAGACAAUGGCCUGGCCAACACUGAUCUGUUGAUGGCUUUUGUGGUUUUUAGACACGGUGACCGAACUCCGGAUCAAGAAGAGCUAGACAAAUUUCCUUCUGAUCAACACUAUGAUAAUAUAUUUUUUCCUUACGGGAAGAAAGCGCUUACAAACAAAGGAAAACAGCGCGGGUAUCGAGUCGGGGAGUAUUUGAGGAGACGUUACAAUAAUAUAAUAUCUAGUCUUUAUUUACCCGAUGAGACGCACAUUCAGACGACAGAUUACGCGCGAACUAAAAUGACAGUGUUAACUGCAUUGGCUGCUUUGUUUCCACCACCACCUGCACAAAGGUGGAACCCUACUCUUAACUGGCAACCAGUUCCUUAUGAUACCCCUGCAUUUGAAGAUGACGAUUUCAUGUAUUAUUACAAUUGCCCACGAUAUCUGCAAUUACGGGAUAAAGUUUACGCUUCGCCUGAAUUCCAGAAGAGGAUGAUACCAUAUGAAGGCCUGUACAAAUACUUGAGUAUCAAAACUAAAACCAACAUUACGACACCGGAAGAUGUCUUUUAUUUAGACAAUCUAUUCCAAACCUUGGAAAAUGUGGGAGUGCAUCCACCGCAAUGGGCGAAAGAAGUUAUGCCAAAGAUAAAAGAGGUAACUAAAAUCGAAUACGCUGCCGAGUUUUAUACUAGUGAAAUGAUACGAUUAGCUGCAGGAGUAUUACUCGAGAAAAUAGAGAAUGUAACGGGUGCGGCUAUAGCUGGAGAAAAAGUUAUACCUAAACUGUGGUUGUUCUCGGCUCACGAGAACAAUGUAGCAGCUCUGAUGUCCGCUGCCCGAGUGUUCAGACCGCACCAGCCCAAAUACGGUUCUACCAUAUCACUUGAAUUGAGAAAACGUCGUUUAACCGGCCAGUAUGGAUUUACGGCUGUUUAUGCGGCUGAAGCCGGGGGCCCUGGAAUUAUACUACCGAUAUCGGGCUGUGGCGGGCUACCCUUGUGCGACUACGACACCUUCCUCUCACUAACACGUGAAUUCGUUCUCUCUCAUAGCGAAUACAAGAAACAAUGCGCUACUCCCGUCACAUAAGAAUCAGAAUCGAAUAAAAUUAUCCAGAGGUAGGUAUAAUGGAGUAAAUGUAGACUGAGUAUAUGUGAAAAGUAGAUUAAGAGUAACGUUAUUUAUGUUAAAGUAACGAUUUUCGAUAUAAGAGUAGAUCUAUAUUAAAUUGGCUGUGAUAUUAUA